AUGCCUAUCGCUGGAGGCAUGUCCCAUAUGAUACCCACUCAUGUUCUGAGAGUCGGUCAAACUAUACACCUGGACCCGGAUCAGGAGGUAGUCACUCACUGCUCGCAAGCUAGUGAGCCCAACAGUCGCCAUGAUGAAGUGGAUUUUAACAUUUCCCUGGAAAACCUCAACCAGCUCAUGCUGGAACUGGAUCCAACCUUUGAACCAAUUCAAGUCAACAAAAACCAUCCGUGCAUCAGUCCAGCAGGAGAAGGAUACUGCUCCACAUCCACUGCGUCCCAAAGUAUUCCGAUCCCCAGGCCAAGCAGCAUAAGUUUCAGCCCCUCAGGCACACUGGUCUUUUCUGACUCUGGCUCCUCUUCCCGGCCUCCGCUGCCAUGUGGAAAUGCAUCCAAACCAAAUCCCUCAAUAAGACAAGAUCUAUCCUGUUCCCAAGGCUCCAUACGCUUAUCUUACCCAAAUAGGAACAGCGCUGCUUCGCUACUCUCUACAUCAACAUGUUCAGAUACCAGCUACAUCCUUGGCAGCACUCUGUCUUUGGCCAGCGAAGAUGCAGAUGGUCUUGGGUCAUUCCUCCCUCUCAGCGAUGGGUGCAGGAUGAAGUACCAAGAUGGGUCAGAAAAGCAGGGACAGGAGAUGCCAACCGAACACUCCAUGAGCAGUCCUGAGCAGUCACUUUCUGGUUCUUUCACUGAUAUUCCGAUGUUGCUGAUCAAUGGCUUACCACAUCGCGACAAUAAAAAAUCCCCGACUUCUGAAGACAAAGUAGCACCAAAACUGUUUCAUCACAGUUCUGAAGCCCAUUUAAGUGGGAGUCAUUCAUCAAUGAAAUUCGUUAUGGACUCUUCAAAAUUUUGGUUUCGGCCACAUAUAAGCAGAGCAGAAGCUGAAGCAUUUGUGAAGGACAAGGAGCCUGGAACAUUUGUGGUGAGAGACAGUACCACAUACAGAGGAAGUUUUGGUCUUGCCAUGAAGAUUGACCAAACAGUAACCAGUUCUACCACAUCUGCUGAUAUGGGCGAGAGCAGCUCUCAGUUUGUCAAACACUUCCUAAUCGAAUCAACAGCAAAGGGUGUCCGCCUUAAAGGCUCUUCUCAGGAACCGUACUUCGGAAGCCUUUCUGCGUUGGUGUUCCAGCACACUAUUUCCCCUUUUGCUUUACCCUGCAAAUUACUGCUCCACUCACAAGCUUGCAACUUCAUCUACCUGAAUGCUGUCCCAACUGAGAUGUUGACAGGACCUUGUGCAGUCGAAAGGGCGGUGUCCUUAACACUCCAGCUACCGUCAGGCUCCUUUGAGCCCUCCAUCGUUAACCUGAAAGUCUCUUCAAAGGGUAUCACACUGACAGACAUUAACAGGAAGCAGUUUUUCAGACGACAUUACCCCGCUCACUUGCUUAGCUAUGGUGGAAAUGAUCCAGAUGAUCGAAGAUGGCGAAAAGGGUCAACAUUUGGUGCAAGGAUGUUUGGCUUUGUGGCAAAAGGCGUGGAAGCAGGAAUGGAAAAUGUGUGCCAUGUUUUCGCUGAAUAUGAUCCUCUGCAGCCCUGCAGCCCAGCUGUCAAAGUUAUUCAGGCUGUCAUAGCCAAAUAA